CACACACGCGCACAUAUGCAGGCAAAUACAAUAAAUUUUUGGAACUUCAAAGCAGAAAUGGAUGAGAGUCAUGAUAUUGCUGAGAAGCUUGGUUUUGAAAAAAUAUCUGAACAAACUAUUGAUGAAUACAAAUCGACUGCCGUACUUUACAAGCACAAGAAGACAGGUGCAGAAGUAAUGUCUGUAUCCAACGAUGAUGAGAAUAAAGUAUUUGGCAUUGUCUUCCGCACUCCUCCAGAGGAUUCAACCGGCAUACCUCACAUACUUGAACACAGUGUGUUCUGUGGAUCCAGGAAGUACCCUUUGAAAGAUCCCUUUGUUGAAUUACUGAAAGGUAGCUUGCAUACUUUUCUAAAUGCAUUCACCUCUCCGGAUAGGACUUGUUAUCCAGUUGCUUCAACAAAUGUAAAGGAUUUCUACAAUUUGGUUGAUGUAUAUUUAGAUGCUGUCUUCUUUCCUAAAUGUAUCGAGGAUUUCCAAACAUUUCAACAGGAGGGUUGGCAUUAUGAGCUUAACAACCCUGCUGAAGAUAUAUCCUUCAAAGGAGUCGUCUUUAAUGAGAUGAAAGGAAUAUACUCUCAGCCCGAUAGAAUACUGGGUCGGGUUUCUCGACAGGCCCUUUUUCCUGAAAAUACAUAUGGUGUUGAUAGUGGUGGUGAUCCAAAAGUCAUCCCCAAGCUCACCUUUGAAGAAUUCAAGGAUUUCCACCGUAGAUACUACCACCCUGGCAAUGCUAAGAUAUGGUUUUAUGGAGAUGAUGAUCCAAAUGAGCGACUACGUAUCUUAAGUGGGUAUCUUGAUCAGUUUGAAGCAAGUUCUGCCUCUAAUGAAUCAAAGGUUCAGCCACAAAAGUUGUUCAGCGCACCAAAAAGGAUCAUUGAGAAAUAUCCUGCUGGUGAAGGCGAGGAUUUGAAAAAGAAACACAUGGUUUGCCUUAAUUGGCUGCUAUCUGAAGAGCCCUUGGGCUUAGAAACUGAGCUUGCACUUGGUUUCUUGGAUCAUCUUUUGCUUGGAACACCAGCUUCUCCACUGAGAAGAAUUCUGCUGGAAAGUGGCUUAGGAGAUGCCAUUGUUGGUGGUGGAAUUGAAGAUGAACUCCUUCAACCCCAGUUUAGUGUUGGACUGAAAGGUGUCUCUGAUAGCGACAUUCAAAAGGUUGAAGAAUUGGUUGCGGACACUCUUAAAAAAUUAGCAGAGGAAGGUUUUGCUCCUGAAGCUGUAGAGGCAUCGAUGAACACAAUUGAGUUCUCACUUAGGGAGAAUAACACGGGUUCCUUCCCCCGAGGCUUAUCUCUGAUGCUUCGCUCCAUUGGUAAAUGGAUAUAUGAUAUGGAUCCAUUUGAGCCCCUAAGAUAUGAGAAACGUUUGCAAUCUCUAAAAGCACGUAUAGCUGAAGAAGGAUCCAAAGCUGUUUUUUCCCCACUUAUAGAGAAAUUUAUCUUAAACAACCCUCAUCGUGUCACAGUUGAAUUGCAGCCUGAUCCAGAUAAAGCUUCUCAUGAUGAAACAGUUGAGAAAGAAAUACUGGAAAAAGUUAGAGCUGGUAUGACAGAAGAGGAUCUUGCUGAGCUAGCACGUGCCACGCAGGAGCUCCGCUUAAAGCAAGAAACACCAGAUCCACCUGAAGCUUUAAGAUCCGUUCCUAGCCUCUCAUUACAAGAUAUCCCAAGAAAACCUAUACAUGUCCCCACAGAAAUUGGAGAAAUCAAUGGAGUAAAAGUUUUGCAGCAUGACCUCUUCACCAAUGAUGUUGUCUAUGCAGAAAUUGUAUUUGAUAUGAGUUUAUUGAAGAAAGAACAUCUUCAAUUGGUGCCAUUGUUCUGCCAAUCAUUGCUAGAGAUGGGUACAAAAGACAUGGAUUUCGUGCAGCUUAAUCAAUUAAUUGGAAGAAAGACAGGAGGAAUUUCAGUUUAUCCCUUCACAUCUUCUGUAAGGGGAAAGGUUGAUCCAUGUACCCGUAUUAUUGUUCGUGGAAAAGCCAUGGCAGGACGGGUUGAGGACCUAUUUAACCUGAUGAAUUGCAUUCUUCAGGAAGUUCAGUUUACUGAACAGCAGCGCUUUAAGCAACUUGUAUGUCAAAACAAAGCAAGAAUGGAGAGCCAACUAAGAGGCAGUGGUCAUGGAAUUGCAGCUGCUAGAAUGGAUGCUAAGUUAAAUGUGGCAGGAUGGAUUGCUGAGCAGAUGCGUGGCAUUAGUUAUUUGGAGUUCUUACGAGACCUGGAAAAGAAAGUUGAUCAAGAUUGGGAUGAGAUUGCUUCUUCACUUGAGGGAAUACGUAAAUCCCUGCUCUCAAGAAAAGGUUGUUUGGUGAACAUGACAGCUGAUGGAAAAAAUAUCACAAACUCUACAAAUUUUCUGGCCAAGUUUCUUGAUUCACUCCCAAGUGAUCCAUUCUCUGAGACUGGUUCCUGGCAUGCCCAACUUUCUUCAGGAAAUGAAGCCAUUGUCAUUCCUACCCAGGUUAACUAUGUGGGAAAAGCUGCUAACAUAUAUGAAACAGGAUAUCAGCUUAGUGGAAGUGCAUAUGUCAUUUCCAAACACAUCCGUAACACAUGGUUAUGGGACCACAUCCGAGUGAGCGGUGGUGCAUAUGGAGGCUUCUGUGAUUUUGAUACUCAUUCAGGGGUAUUCUCCUAUUUAUCAUAUCGCGAUCCAAAUUUAUUGAAAACACUAGAUGUAUAUGAUGGGACACCCAGCUUUCUCCGAGAAAUUGAGCUAGAUGAUGAUACUCUUACAAAAGCCAUUAUUGGUGCUAUUGGAUAUGUUGAUCCAUACCGGCUUCCAAAUGCAAAAGGUUACAGCAGUCUACUGCGAUACCUACGGGGUAUAACAGAUGAGGAACGUGAAAGAAGACGGGAAGAGAUUUUGUCAACCAGUUUGAAGGAUUUCAAGGAGUUUGCUGAUGCAGUUGAAGCUGUCAAGAAUAAUGGGGUUGUGGUUGCUGUUGCGUCUCCUGAGGAUGUUGCUGUAGCAAAUGGGGAGCGACCUGGAUUUUUUGAUGUUAAGAAAGUCCUCUGAAGUUCUACAAGCUGGGAGAUGUUUGAGAGAGCAAUCUAUUUAGCGUUCAGAAGAUCUUAGGCACGCCUUCACGAAAUAUUUGGCAAAAUUUUUGUACCACCAAUCACAGUGGAGAACAUUAUCUUUGGUCUGCAACUACUUCAGAUUAAUUAUAAUUUGUCACACUCCCAAGAUGUGUUGGGAGGGCGAUAGCUGAUUGCAAAAAUGCAACUCUACCAUUAUUGAAACCUUUGGGCUUUGUAACUAUAUAGAUUCAUUAUAAAAUUUCAACAGGUUGAUUCAUAGAUA